AUGCCGGAGACUCUGCCGCCCACGUCGCCGGCACCAGCACCCGUCUCUGCAUCCCUUCCCACCGCCAACUGCGGCGACUCCUACCACAACUGCCUCGAUGUCCUGCGUCCCGACCAGUGCUGCGACAACAAAAGCUACUGCUACAUCAACCGGGCGAACCAGCCGCGCUGCUGCCCCCUCGGAUCCAACUGCGUCGGCGACUCGCCCUGUCCCAGCGACGCAUACUCCUGCUCCGGCCGCGUCGCCGCCACCGUCUCGCCGGGCUGCUGUGCUAGGAAAUGCCCCCAGCCGACCUACUACCUCUGCGAAGCGGCCCUCGGCGGCAAAUGCUGUCCCUACGGAUCGCAGUGUCGGGCCGGCGGGAACUGCGUCCAGCGACAACAACAACAACCACCACCCCCCAGCAGCGUCUCGGCGCUCAACUGCUCUGCUUCCACGGCGCUCGCGUGCCUGGCGCCGUCCUCCGUCGCUGUUUCCGAGACGUACCGGCUCCCGCCGGGGGCAAAGGUAGGCCUGGGUGUCGGCAUCGCCGUCAGCGCCUUGUCGGUGGGCCUCCUCAUGGCAUGCCUGGCGGUCUCGUAUACCCAGCGGAGGCGUAGGGAACGAGUGGAAAACAGCGGCACUCGGACGGGGACAACGGAGCUUGUAGGCGCCGCUGUUCAGCCGCCGCCGCAGCUGCCGCCUCUGGGCGACCAUCGUGGUCCGGAGGACUCGCACACGGACACCACUGCGCGUACUUGCGCUACGAGCAUUGAGGGCACAGCGUUGCCAUCGUCUGCAUAUUCAAUUCGUCAGGCCAUACCCGUCGAGAUUUACUCCAAGGAAAAGAGGCUGCCCAUCAGGUCCUAUCCGCAAUGGGAAAUGGCGCCAGUCGAUCCCGACGAUGGCCUUAACGAGCUGGAUGGCUCAAAACUCCCGUCUCCUCGGUCACCUACACCGUCAAGCGCUAGCCCUCCAUAA